AUGGAGGAGUCCGUGCCGGACACUCCCAACGCCAGGGCGGCGCCCGAUGUUGAGGACGCCGAGACCGUUGCCACACUCCUGAUUGCGCCCAAGACACAGCAGCAGCAGACGCCGCAAUCGCAGCGGUUUACUCAGGUCACACAGCCCACUCAGAUCAUCGAGCGCACGCCCACCAAUGAGCCCAGCUCCGUCGUGCAGGUCGCCGCAUCCUCGCCUUUUGGUCCCUCGUCCUCUCCCUCGCGGCCCACGCCUGGCGGUGGCAUUCUCUCGACGAUGAUGGCCCCGAGUGGUACACUGUUUCGCCCGCCUGCUUCAAUUGCUCGGCCUCAGAAGCGAGCGCCGGCUCUCAGCGACGAGGAUCGGCCCAACUACGCUGGGGGUUCAUCGGAUGAAGACGAGCUGAGCUUGUUCGCAGAUAUCAAGCCGCGCACGUUUACGAAACCACCGGCGAAGAGCCCCGACAAGAUCAUGGAGUCCCCGUUGAAGCAAAACGAAGUUUCUAGUAAAUCGUUCAAAGACUUGACGGCUGGGUUUGCGUACCAGCCCGGCUCCAACAAUAAACGGUCUUUCGUCCGGCUGGACGGUGCUUACGAUUCUGGCUCGUCAAAAAGACAGAAACAAAACACAGUCUCCCGUGCCAUGCCUGUCGUAGACGGUGUUGGUGAUCUGGGCAUGAAGUCUGUGGACGAUAUUGAGGACUUUAGGAUGAAAACCCAGGUGUCACGGCUCAUGAAAUUAUUUCCAAGGCUCUCAUUUCAAAAAGUCCUGCGGAGCUAUCUAAACCACAAGGGAAACUAUGAUCAAACUUCAGAAUAUCUAGCAACACAGGAAGACGAAUCACGAAAGAGGUCCUCGUCACCAGAUGAGUUGACCACAUAUCCAGAAAACAAAUCGCGGCCUGCGAAACAAAAUAUCAAAUCUCAGCACAAGAUUCUUGACAGAUACACCAGCAAUGUCCAUAAAGCAGACGUUCCAGCCACAUCCGAUCUUGCAAAGGGCAGACGUUUGAUGAGAGGGCCCCGGCCUCGAACUGACUCGCGAGAACCUUCUCGUGGCAGUUCUCCCGUCUCAGACGCUGCAGCCACCAAACCAAAGGGCCGUCUGAUCCAGGGCAAAAAGUUCAAGAGACCUGACACACCUGAAGAAGCCGAGGAAGAAAGCUUUCCUUCUGAAUCCGACUCUGAUGUCGGUCCUGAAGAAGACAACAGUACGGUCGAGAAAAGAGUUCUUGAUUUUAUCAAUACUUGCACCGCAGAGGGCCUAGCAGAUCUCGCCUGUACCACGGAGGACAAUGCUUCGACUAUUCUUGAUGAACGGCCAUUUGGUUCACUUGACGCCGUCCGAGUAGUCAUGUCCAAAGAUGAGCCUCAGCCGACCAACCAGAAGAAGUCUCGAAGGGCCAAAAAGGCCAUUGGCGACAAGGUUGUCGACAAGGCGCUUGAAAUGAUGAAGGGCUACGAGGCUUGCGAUGCUUUGGUGGCUCACUGCGAAAAUCUCGGUAAACCGCUCACGGCCGAGAUGAAGAAAUGGGGAGUCGACAUGUUUGGCAACAAAGAAGGCGGCGAAUUAGAGCUUGUGUCUAUAGACCCUGAUUCAGGAAUCGGCACUCCCAUAACCGAUGAUGGCGAUGAUUCUGUAAUCGAUGGCGGUCGUAAAUAUCGAUUCGUCCCUCAGCCAAAGAUUAUUGACAGCAACUGGAAGUUGAAGAACUAUCAGGUUGUUGGAAUUAAUUGGCUUGCGCUGUUGUUUCAGAAAAAGCUCAGUGGCAUUCUGGCAGAUGACAUGGGUUUGGGCAAGACCUUCCAGGUGAUUGCCUUUCUCGCACACUUGUAUAUGCAGGGUACCAAGGGGCCUCAUCUUGUUGUCGUGCCGUCUUCUACACUGGAGAAUUGGCUUCGCGAGUUUAAAAAAUUCUGCCCAACUCUCAAUCUGAUGCCGUACUAUGCCAGACAGCAGGAGAGAGCGGAUAUUCGGGCAGCUAUCGAGGACAACGUGGAUGGCAUCAACGUGGUAAUCACCACAUACACUGUUGCAAAGGCCAAAGAGGACUCUCGAUUUUUGCGAAACAUGGGAUUUUGUGUCUGUGUUUUCGAUGAAGGGCAUGUGCUGAAGAAUAGCUCCUCGAAGAUCUACGAUCAACUCAACAGGAUACCCGCCGAGUUCCGACUGCUGCUGACUGGCACUCCUCUGCAAAACAAUCUCCAAGAACUGGUCUCGCUGCUCGGUUUCAUGCUUCCCGAUGUGUUCAAUCGGUACAGGGAGGAUUUGCAGACGAUUUUCACCAACAAGGCCAAGGUAACGGAUAGCACUGAGCAUGCGACGCUCCUAUCCGCUCAGCGGAUUGCACGCGCCAGAUCGAUGAUUGCGCCGUUUGUGCUCCGCCGAAAGAAGCACCAGGUGAUUGACUUGCCGGCAAAGAUCUCUCGCGUAGAGUAUUGCGAGAUGAACGAAAUCCAGAAACAGAUCUACGACGCAGAGAAUGAGGAAGUCCGAAAACUGCUCGCUGAUCGUGCGGCGGGUAUCAAGACUGGCAAUAGAUCCGCCAAUAUUUUAAUGAAACUGCGAUUUGCGGCCAUCCAUCCUCUGUUGAAACGAAGGCUAUACGACGAGAAAACCCUCAGCAAGAUGUCGCAGGCGUGCUUAAAGGAAGAAAUGUGGUCACUAUCCGAUCCAGAUAUUAUCUACGAGGAACUCUUGCCGUACAACGAUUUCGAAUGCCAUGCAAUGUGCAAAAAACACCCAAAGUCUCUUGGUCAGUUCGCUUUGCGCAAGCAGGAGUGGAUGUAUUCCGGCAAAGUGGACAAGCUAUGCGAACUGCUCAAGCGGUUCAAAGCCAACGGCGAUCGAACACUAAUCUUUUCUCAAUUCACGCUCGUCAUGGAUAUUCUCGAGUAUGUGCUGGAGACACUGGACAUGGGAUUUUUCCGGCUCGACGGGCGCACCAGCGUCGAAGACCGACAGUCGAUCCUUGAUGCUUUUUACCAGCAGACCGAAAUCCCGGUAUUCAUGCUAUCCACCAAAGCCGGCGGCGCGGGCAUCAAUCUGGCAUGCGCCAACAAGGUGAUCAUCUUUGACUCGAGCUUCAACCCACAGGAAGACGUGCAGGCUGAAAACCGCGCGCACCGCGUCGGACAAGUCAAGGAAGUCGAGGUGAUCCGUUUAGUCACAAAGAACACAAUUGAAGAGCAAAUGUACGCACUGGGCCAGACCAAAUUGGCGCUGGACCAGCGGGUGGUCGGCGAUGACGCAGCGGAGUCCAAGCGCACUGAGGAGGUGGGCAUGAAGGUGGUCGAGGAUAUGAUUGCGGCCAAUUUGGAUGAAAAGGGUCGCGAUUAA